CCCAGCAUCAGCCCCCUCUGCUGGACAGGAACCUGAUUUAACUGAAAAAUCAAGUCUUCAAGCUCUACUUAUGGCUUCGAUGUUAGUUGGGCAACAGCAGGCCUCUUUGUUACCUCUGUCAGCACUGGGUCAGUUGAACCAGUUCAGCUUGGAAGUUCCUAUCCAACCAUCACAACAUAUCCCUACCACACUGGAGGGCCUCGCUCUUGAUAAGAACUCUGGCCUCCUGGAUCCAUCCACCCUCACUGGCUCAGGGCUCCUGGACAUCGCCCCGGGUCUGCUUCCCAUUACUGCUGGAGCAGAAAACCCCAUCCAAGCCCUGCAGUCUCUGCUCCUUCCUGCUACUCUUCCUCCACCUGCAGCCUUCCUGUCUCUCAGCCCCACCCUGCUCACAGCUGCCCUGAGCUCUGCUGAGCUCCACACCCCUCCCAACUCCCAGUUAGUUUCUGCACAUCAUACCCAACCUCAGGUAACCACUGAUGCUGGUGUUGACACCCUCAUCCCUGUUUCUCUCCAAGGCAAGGACAACCCCAUCCUCCAACAACUACUGCCAACUUUGCUUAAUCCCUCAAUAUUAGGAGAUCUUCCUGGAAUCACGGGCCUUCAUAACAUAGGGAUUGGAGCAGGUUCCAUUCUCCUAUCCCCAGUCCAGGCGUCUGCAUUGGGAAUGCUGCAAGGCCCUGAUGGAGCCAUCAACUUACUCAACAACAUACAGCUGAACCUUGCACCAAAUUCAGAUGUAGAGAAACCAGGAUCUUUUCAGGAAACUCAAAACACCGCGCCGCAGGAAGAUAUGCCAGCUAGUGAAAUUUCUUCUGAACUCUCAAGUCCUGUUCCAACUCUGGUUUCAUCUCCUGCCCGGCAGUCCACCCCACGCACAAACAGAGGAUCUGAGGGUAGAGCUGUCAUUGAUCCUUACACGUCUUUUAUGGACACCAUUUAUACCUCUUUCCUUCAAGUCAAUGCUAAAGAGCAGGAAGAUGGGGCCCAACUGAGGCCAUCUGACCCUACGUCACCCUUCUGUGCCUUACCACCGGUUUCCUUCCCUCUGGACCACCAUAACUCAUCCACCGCUGUCCCAACCCUUCCCAAGGCAGGUGCCCCAGUCUCCCUCAGCCCACGCCGAGCAUGUUCUCUCCGCAACCCAGACUUGUCGAGACUCAGCAUGGAAGCAGCAGCUCACUCCCCAGCCCAGGGGACACCCAAACCCACAGAAGAAGGGCCUACUUCACCCUUACUGAGGAAACCAGUUAUAGAGGGACAUACUCAUCUAGAGCCUCCCUUGCCACCCAUAUACUUGGAAGAAGCCAAGACAGACUGUACCAGUCCUGCUGCAGCUGUGUGUCCCUUUCUGGACACGGGGGUGGAUAGGCAGGGACAACUUUCUCAUGCAGGAUACCUCAGUCCUAGAGAUGGAUGCAGUGGAAUGUCGAAUGAAGACAAAACUGAGACGAUGAUCAACACCGGGCAGGAAAUGGAUCAAGCAGGUGGAGCCAGAAGAGGAAGGAAAAGAAAACAAACGCUACAAAACGUGUUAGAAGACUUUAGAGACAUGGAUGCUACAACACUAGAUGAAACCAAGGCUACAGCAGCACUCCUGAAGCCCGAGAGGUCUGUGCGUGGCAGGCGGAGACGAGGCACCAGGUCACAAAGGCCGUGAUUGGUGGAAGAGUCAUUCACCAAUGACGCCUCUAUCCCCCACCCAUCUCUCUGCUCUCAUCACUACUGUUUUAGACCUUUAAAAGAAAAAUCACCUGCACUAAAAUUAUGCUGUUGUUGUGUCAACUAUUACUAUGGCAACCACUAUUAAGGAAAAAAAAAAAACAUGCUUAGGAGAAAGAUAUAGUCAGAUAAAUUUAUUUUUAAAAAGUGAAGAAAUGAGAUUUU